AUGGCGACAAGCACAAAAAAUGCAACAGAAAAGUCUCCGAUUGAGCUGGCGAAACGCGCUGCUGCGUUUGCAGCUGUGGAUGCGCAUAUACGCCCAGGGGACAAGGUGAUUGGAAUUGGGUCUGGGUCCACUGUACCAUAUGCUGUUGAACGCAUUGCUGCUAUGGGAAAGGCGGCGAACGAAAACCGCUUUUUUGUACCAACUGGAUUUCAGUCGCAGAAUUUGAUUCUUGAUGCUGAGCUGGAUGUGACCGUGGACGGUGCAGAUGAAGUGGACAGUGAUUUAAACCUGAUUAAGGGCGGGGGUGCAUGCCACUUGCGCGAAAAGGUGAUCGCUGAAUCUGCCAAGACGUUUGUCGUCGUUGCUGAUUUCCGCAAAGAGUCCAAGGUGCUCGGCGAAAAGUACACGAAGGGAGUGCCAGUGGAAAUCGUUCCAUUUGCAUCCGCGCGUGUGCUUUCCGCUCUGCGUGCACUGGGCAGCACAAAAGCCGCACUUCGUAUGGCCAAGGAAAAAGCGGGGCCUGUAGUUACAGACAAUGGCAAUUUCUGCGUCGAUGCGCCGUUCCCCGAAUCAAUGAUGAGGGAUCCAUCGGCCCUCUUACAUCAAAUCAAAUUCAUCACGGGUGUGGUUGAAGUAGGCUUGUUCACAAAUAUGUGUGAAGCUGCUUACUUUGGCAACGAGGACGGCACAAUUACGAUCCAGUCGCUUGAUGGAUCCAAGGAGGCCAACAUUAAGGUAGAUUUGUAG